UACCUGUGAUAAAGUUAAUGUUUUAAAACUUGUUCUGCUUAACGUAAACAGAAAAGAUACGAAUUGGAAAUUCCCUUUAAGAUAUAAACUUUUUUAAAUUAAUUAACGAUUUAUAGGAAUAAGAUCGUCACAGGUAAAGGUAAGAUUUGCAUAUAAAAUCAGCACCUGUUCAACAGGCUUUCAGUUAAGUAAACUAAACGAAUUCAUAAUGAACAAAUACGGAUUUUUAUUGUUUGUUGCUUUGGUGGCCGCAGCCUCGUCAGCUGUCAUAAAGGGUGUAACACCAGACGAACAAAAAGAAUUUCAAGGUGUCCACAAAUUUUGCCAAUCACACCCAGAAACCCACAUUGACGAAGAAUUGAUCGGAAAAUUGAUCAAAGGCGAGUUCAUCGAAGAUGAACAAUUAAAAGUGCACAUGGUUUGUAUGUACCAAGGUUUCAAAAUGAUGCAUUACGGUCUUCUUAAGGACAACAUCAGACAAAGAUGGUCUAAGCAUUACGAUGGCGAAUAUUUGGCCAAAUUGGAGCACUGUUUGAUUGAAAAGGAAUCUCCUGAAGAAACUGCCUGGAACUUUGUUAAGUGCGAGCACGGCAUUGUUGGAUCUUUGUAUGCAUAAGAAUACAACAAAUUGUAAUUUAAAAACUUCCGGUGGUACUUAUAGAGCAAUAAAGUUUUUCUUCGGCUUUAAAAUGAAAGACUUAUGGU